GGUUACCGAUGCCGUGAGGCGGGCGCGGGAGCGAGGGGCGGGCCGGGUUCGGGCCGGGUUCGGGCGCUGCCGGCGGGGGCUCGCGGAGGCCGGGGCCGCUCCGGGCGGGGCGGGCGCGCAGCCCCGCGGGCUCGUGCCGCUUCUGGGUGGCUCCAGGUGGACAGCUGCAACCAUCGGCGCUAUUCGGAACAGGCCGUUCCACGCGCCCCGCAGCCCCGCAGAGCCAGCACACCGCGAGUCCUCCCCGUGGCUGAGAGUCUGUGGCUGGGGCAAGAUGGGGGGCAGCACGAAAUAAUGAUAUCAACAAAAUAAGAAAUGUGUGAACCAGACCAUGGAACGUUGUUAACACCUCAAAGGAUUAGUGAUGUAGAAAAUCUGGUGACUUCUAUGAAAAAUGGUCUAUGCAUCCAGAAGGGUAAACCCAUUGACUACAAACAUCUAUAUGAACUUGCUGCAAUAGAAAAAAUAGCAUCAGCAAAAAUUCAAUUAAAGAUUAAAAAAACAGAACAAAUUUCAAAGAAUAACAAAGAGCAAAUGCUGCUGAAACAGCAUCGCCAAGUGUGGUGGCAAGAGCAUAAAAGACUGCGUGAGAAUAGGGAAAAAGCAGAAGCAGAAGUAAAGAUUGUUCUUGAUGAAGGAAGUCAUAAGUAUGACUUUUUUUUGGAUAUACGGGACUUGGAGCAAAAAUUAUCAAAGGAAUGGGAUGCAUACCAAACAAAUACUGUAGCUCCUAUCUGGCAACUAAGAGAGAAUUUGAAAUUCUGGAUGUCUGAAAUGCAGCAUUCCCUCUCAGAAGACUUUUGUCUGAAAUAUAAGUUCAAUCCAGUUGACAUGUUACAGCAGAUUGAAUUUGUGAAGAAGCAACAGGAAGAAAUUCUGGAAUUUCUUAACCUUGAAAGUCUGACUGUGGAAAGACAGCUUGAAGCCUAUAAAAGAAAAGCUUUAGUGCGUUCUUCUGAAGAAAAAACCAAACUUUUCCAUGAAGUUCCUUCAGCACUACUAUCUUUGGAGUUCCCCUAUCCAGAUCUGAAGAACUUAAUUAUCAAGGAGUACUGUAAGCUUGCAAAUGAGUACUGGUCUAAGCUUCAAGAGGUUGAUCAACAGCUGGAAGUCAUAUAUAGGAACACUGAAUGGAAAGAAGAAGAUCAGUGGGUUUUUCAGACUGUUAUCAAUCAGUAUCCAAGUGAUCUUCAGAGAAGAAGGACUUUGUACCUUGAUGCGCUGCAGAGAUACCUUCCUCACAAAUCUAGGCACGAUCUGGUUAUUCAUGAGAGAGCUUGGGAUCAUUACAAUUUCCUCAGGAAUCAACACAGAGUUUUGAUAUUAAAUUGGAUUCAAGCUAGGAAGGCCUUUUUACUUAAGGCGGUGAUGGCUGUUGCUGAAGCCUCUGCUGCUCAGGAAGAAGAAGUAGCGUCUGCUAAUAACAAACAGAAGCAACAGGAGAUUUGUGCUGAUCUGAAAGCCAAGGUUCUACAAUGGAGAGCGCAACAGGAGGAGGCAGCUAAACUAGAAGCUGCUAUAGCUGCUAGAAGAAAAGAAAAGGAAGAUGAGAAAGAAAGGCUACGGAAAGAACAGGAAAUGAUCCACAGAGCUCAGGAGAAAGAAAAAUCCUUUGCCUAUGCACAGAUGGAACAGCAGCUGUUUGAGGUCAAAAAGUACUGGGCUGAGAAACAGCUCAAGUGGCAAGAACAGGAAGAGAAAGAUCUACAACGUAUGAAGGGAUUAAGAAAAUUAAUGGCUAAACAAGCAAUUAAAGACAGAGAACGGGUAAAGUUUAGACAAGCAUUGCUAGACAAGCGGUUCCUGGAGAAAAAGGAACAAGCCCUUCAAGAAGCACGUGAAGAAGAAGAAAAAGAGAAAUGCCUUGAAGCACUCCGACAAAAGGUUUCCGUUGUUGCAAAAUUAGAUCCAGCUAGAGUAGUGGCUGAUACAGUGGCAUCUAAAGCUCGGAUGGGCAUUGGAACCGAGGAAGAGUUUGUUCUUCAAAAGCCACUGUUCAAGUUGCAUACGUUCAGUGAAGAGCAGAUCAUUUCUGACCCUAGAAUUCGAGUUGAGUUAGCUCUUCGAGAAGCUGGACUUCAUAAAACACUUUACGCAAAAGAGAUUUUACCUAAAAUUCCUCCACUGAAACUUCCAAGAAGAGAUAUGGAAUCUACGGCUUUUAAAAGGUAGAGCACAUCACGUACGAAGAACAGAGAAGCUUCAGGGAUGUAGUGUGGGCCAUUAUGCAAAAACUUUAAAUAAAUUUCCUAUAGACCAUGUAGUGGGACUA